AUGUACAACAAAAGAAUCAAGCAGACUUUCUUGGCAUCUUUGACCGUCAUCUGCCAUGCUCAAUCAUUCAUCGUCAAUGGCCGUUCCAUUAACCUUCGCCACACAGUAGUGGAAGUAUCCAGCUCUGUGGACCCACUUGAUGAUCUUCCGUUUGACGAUGCAACGCUAGAAGAUAUUGUAUUUGACAUGGACGAUAUGAUCGAAGACCCAGAGAUAGUCUUCAGUGAGGAAGACCUUUCCAAUUUGUAUGAUAUAUCCAUCCCAGGUAUAAAUUCAACUGAUUCCACUCCAAUUCCCAUCUCUCUAUCAGACUUCCAAUUUAUUUCUUCGGAUGUGGCAUAUUUUUAUCUUCGAGACGAGCUAGGAUUAUCUGAAGAUACAAUGUGGAGAAUAACAAAUGAAGCAGGUUCAGUCUUGGGAAUGAAGGCGUCAACAUUAAGAGAAAAAGUAGCUGUACUAAAAACGUCAAUGAUUCUUUCAGAUGAGGAACUUCGAGCAAUGAUUACCGUGUUUCCUACUUUGCUACAUCUGAGUGCAGAAAAUAACCUCGCUCCCAAGAUACGCUUUCUCUUACAGGAACUGGAUCUGAAACAAGAAGAACUGAAGAAAAUUGUGACUGGCUGUCCUCCAAUUCUCGGCUAUUCCUUCGAAAACUUAAGCAGCAAGCUUUCAUUCUUCACUGACACAAUGGGCUUUACUAAGAAAGAGUGCAGAGAUAUUUUGCUUGAGCUGCCUAGAGUAAUAGCCUCCAGCGUAGAAACUGGAUUGAUCCCGAGAUUGCAAUUUCUCAGACAGGAAAUCCGAAUACCCAAUUCUGAUAUUCGGAAGAUUGUGAAGAAAAAUCCACGUGUACUGACGAUGAGUGUGGAACACAACCUUCAACCCAAGCUCAUUUUCUAUUUCAUAAUGACACUGUACAUGCAACCAGAUGAAGUCAGAAAACUACUACUGAGUUAUCCACAGAUAUUGAAUUACAAUCUCGAGAAUCACAUUCAACCAAUAACACGACAGUUUCUGAGCUUCGAUUUCUCGGCCUACGAAUUCUCACGGAUGCUCUUGAGGUUUCCCCGGCUUAUGACAUGCUCUUUGACGAAGAUAAAACGGGUGGUAUCCUACUUGCGUUUUGCCUUGGGACUUGAAGCAAGUGAUGUGAGACGUGUCCUUCAUCAAGCUCCUCAAGUUGUGUCACUGACUAUCGAGAACCUACAACAGAAAGUUGACUACCUUCUCGAAGUAGCCGAACCAGGAUCAGUAGCUGGUCACCCUUCAUCAACUCGGGUGUUGCGAAAGUUAAUUGUUGGGAUGCCUUCACUUCUACAUCUGAACAUUGAGACGAACUUGAAACCAAAGGUAGAGUUUUUACAAACACAGCUUGGUCCAGAAGAGCUUUCCAAAGCAAUUGAUCGGCUCCCAACACUUCUAGGGUACUCGUUAGACAAUAGAAUCAAGCCACGCCUAAUGCAGAUCUUGGAGGCAGGAGUCGACGGGGGCAGCAUAACUGUUGGGAUUCCAAUGAAGGAGGAUAAAUUUGAGGGCUGGCUCGAUCGUCGAGCUAAGAAGAUGGCCAAGGAAAAUGAAACGAAAGAAAACGGGAUAUCCCCCUCCGACACGAUCCCAAAGUUGUUGGAUACAGAUGAAAAAGGUCGAAUCAAGGAAAAUGACGGAAGAGUGGUUCAUUGGGUUCGCAAAGAUCGAUGA